AUGGAUCACAAAAAAAGUCCUACAAGCAGGAGAACCAAACGUCAGUCUAAGGCCUUAGAAGAAAAUUAUUGGGAUUGCAGUGUUUGCACGUAUAGGAAUACAGCUGAAGCUUUUAAAUGCUUGAUGUGUGACAUAAGGAAAGGAACAUCGACUAGGAAACCUAGAAUAAAUCCCCAAUUAGUUGCCCAACAAGUUGCUCAACAGUUUAAUCCAACACCUGCCAAAACUCAUAAGAGAGAAAAAUCAGAUAAAAAGUCUAUGAAUGACAGGAGGUCAAGCAAGAAAAAACAUCAUUUGAGAAAACUUAAAAAUGUCGAUAGAAAUUCUGCUGAAACGAGAGAAGUUACUGUUAAUAAUAUAACAGUUAUGAUAACAGAAUAUAAACCUAAACCUGCUAAAAAAUUGGUGUCUGAUCAAUCUGGACAGUCUAGUAGAGCAUCAUCUGAAUCUGAAUCGAGCAGUGAAGCUCCGAGUGCAGCUGCUGAUUCUGAUUCUCGCAGUUCCUUAUUAAAAUUAAAAGUUUAA